UUAUAAAGAUAUAACAACACUUAGGACAAACUUCAGUACCAAAAUAUUAAAAUCAGAAUAUCGAAAUAAAGAUAUGCUAACUGAUUACCCAACCAUGGACCUUGAGGCAGAAAACGACAAUCAGCCAUUUUUCUUUCUUUCUUUCUUAACAACCAGGUAGCUUCCCUGAUAAAUACUCUGACAUUUCAAAGUUAAAAUACCAAGUACUACCAAUUUUGAAACCCUUCUGUCUUUCUCAGAAAUGGGCAACGCAGCUUCUUGCACACCUUCCUUGACAGCCAAUGGGGUCUUCAAGGUGUUGUUCUUGGAUGGGAGGUUAGAGUCCUACACAAAACCAAUCAGAGCUGCAGAACUGAUGCUAGAAUACCCUGGACAGUUUGUUUGUGACUCUACCUACCUCAAAGUGGGACACCGCAUUCAAGGGCUCCUAGCUGAUGAGGAACUCGAAAGGCGCAAAUUUUACUUCCUUCUACCAAUGGAGCUUCUCUACUCUGUUCUAACCCAUGAAGAAAUGAGCUCUCUUAAUUACAAAGCAUCAAGGGCAACCAAGCAUGCAAGCUUUAACAACCUGGGAAAGAUUUUUCCAGUUUUCAGUGAAUUUUGCAUGUUCCCUUCGGAGCUUAAGAGAUUAGAAGCUGCGAAUCAGGUGGUAAGGGAGGCAGAACCAGUUGAAAGGUACUCCAAACAGAGAUCUUGGAGACCAGCGCUGGAGACCAUUGAUGAAACUCCAUGAUGCAUGUUCAUUUUUCUUCAUUUGUGUCGGGCAGAAAUUCUUGGACAUUCUUUUCUACUUUUUUGUAAGCAUACCUUUACUUAGAUGUUAGAAUUAGUUCAUAUAUCUUUAUCGCAAACCAAAAUAUCUGAGCUGCGUGGAAUGGCAUGUAAGCUUGAUGAAGGACUUCUUGUGUAAA